UAAAUAAAAAUAACAUUAGCAAUUAAUUUUUUUGCGGUAAGUUUUUAAUUCAUGAUCUCUAAAUUUUCGAAGUGUUUUGGAUACUGCACAGCAAGCACUAAUAACACAGUUGUUUUCGAGUAAUCCGAUGAUGACGUAUUUAGGUCAAUGAAUCAAAAAUUCUCGCCCAAGAAUAACACAUUCACAAUAGUCUUAUCAUCCUCAUCAUCCGAAAAGCGGACACAAUUUUGGAAGUCAUACAAAAGUAAGUGUGGGAUGGGAGCUGAUUUGUUCAUGAAACGAAUCAGUUCUAGUUAUUUGUUGAAGAGUAAUGAGGAAGAAGUUGGGGAAUCUAUUCGACUCGACACUCGAGUGUCGAGAUGUCGUGUUAACCGCCUAGUGCAGCAAUAAAAGUGUUUGUGUAAUGCACUGCCCCGUGUAAUGCUAGAAAGACUUAUUAGACUAUUAAAAACGGUCCUUAAAUAACAAAUACGAAUCGUGACUAAGUGUGUGUGUUGCGCAUUUUGGUAAUUAUAAAAAUCCCAGAGUCUCAGCUUUUUGUUUUGGCUAGACUAAACCGAAGUAAUUUGUGUUAACAGACUAUUGUAUUGGUAAAUACAGUGUUGCAAACGGGAUCGUUUUUCAUUUAAUGGGUCAAUUAAACGUCUUGCGAAAUCCCUCGAUAAACUUCAUUUUAACUAAUUUGACUGGGCCGCCAAAGAAUCGAUCUAUCUUAGAAUCGAUACCUACACAGCUGAUUUAUUUGUUGACGUUUGAAGACGUUUUCACGUGUUGCACAACUUGGCACAAAGAAACACAAACAUCAGUAUUUAUUAAUAACUUGACUUGAUCCUCAUCGAUUGAAUAAUUUGAUGUAAGUGAACUCAGAUAAUGGAGGUGACUGCUUUGACUCUCAAUUGCUGGGGCAUUGCCGGUGUUUCGAAAGAUCGAAGAACUCGUAUAGAUGCCAUUGGAAGUCAUCUGCAAUUAGGCCACUAUGAUUUUGUUUUCCUGCAAGAGGUUUGGGUUGAAGAUGACUUUCAAGCGAUAGUAAAACAAGUUGGCAACAUUUUCCCGUACAGCCACUACUUUCACAGUGGUGUCAUUGGUGGAGGAAUUUGCAUUCUGUCCAAAGCGAAAAUAAUCAAUGUUCUUUUUCACGCUUGGUCCUUGAAUGGAUACAUUCAUAAAAUUCAACAUGGGGAUUGGUUUGGUGGCAAAGGUGUUGGUCUAUGCACUGUUGUUUACCAUGGCCUGAAAAUCAAUCUUUAUGUCACCCACCUCCAUGCAGAAUACAAUCCGGCAAGUGACGAAUACUGUGCCCAUCGCGUAGUGCAAGCAUUUGAAACCUCACAGUUCAUCCGUUAUACCCGGAACAAAGCUGACUUCUGCAUCCUCGGUGGCGAUUUAAACACCGAACCGGAAAAUUUGGCAUACAGGCUCAUAUGCGAUCAUACUUCGUUGAAAGAUUUGUAUCUCUCGACCGGAAAACCGGAAAUCGAAGGUAUGACCAGCGAAACACCAGCCAAUUCAUACACAGCAUCGGAAAGCUUACGGGCCUGUCCAAAUGGCAAACGCAUCGAUUUCGUCAUGUGCAGCUCGAGGAAAGGCCUUCAGAUCGAGACAAUCGACGUCAACAUUCCACUGCCACCCCGCAUUCCCAACUAUCCUUUCAGUUAUUCCGAUCACGAAGCAGUUUGUGCUAAAUUUCGAAUCCUAGAAACCCAGUCCGUUUCCACCAACCAGAAAUGGAGCAAAGACACGUCCAUCUCGUCGUUAAAGGAAGCCUUACAGGUGUGUGACGCUGCGCUGAGGAAUAUUGCCAACGACAGACGCAACUAUUGGCUGGCUUUCGGUAUAUUCGUCGUCCUUUUGGCCGCAUUGCCGUUCACGUAUGACGGCUCACGCAUUGUCCACUACACCUUGACGGUCACCCACUUGCUGCUCACUCUAGUCGCUGUUUUUUGCCUAAUUAUGGCCACCGUAUGGAACCGGAUCGAGCGACACGGCAUAUUAGCUGGUAAACUUGCCAUAGUCACUCGAAUCCAAGCCCUCGAAGAUUCCUAAAAUUCCCGUAAUGUAUUUCAGUAUUAAAGUUACAAAAUAAUGUUUAUUACAAUUACGAAAAUUCGACGGUUAUAUUCCAAAACCCAAAACACCCAUUUUAAAUACAAGUUAUUCCUCCCGCUA